AUGAAGUUGAACAUUUCUUUCCCGGCCAACGGCACCCAGAAGCUGAUCGAAGUCGAAGAUGACCGCAAGCUCCGCGUCUUCAUGGACCGCCGAAUGGGCCAGGAGGUGCCCGCCGACAGCCUGGGCGACGAGUUCAAGGGCUACAUCGUCAAGAUCACCGGCGGCAACGACAAGCAAGGCUUCCCGAUGAAGCAGGGCGUCAUGCACCCGACACGUGUGCGACUGCUGCUCUCCGAAGGCCACUCCUGCUACCGACCGCGUCGCACCGGCGAGCGCAAGAGGAAGUCCGUCCGCGGCUGCAUCGUCGGCAUGGACCUGGCCGUCCUCGCUCUCAGCAUCGUCAAGCAGGGCGAGCAAGACCUGCCCGGCCUGACCGACACCGUCCACCCGAAGCGUCUUGGUCCCAAGCGGGCCACCAAGAUCCGCCGCUUCUUCGGUCUCAGCAAGGAAGAUGAUGUCCGCAAGUUCGUUAUCCGCCGUGAAGUCCAGCCCAAGAAGGAGGGCGCCAAGCCCUACACGAAGGCACCGAAGAUCCAGCGCCUUGUUACUCCUCAGCGUCUGCAGCACAAGCGCCACAGGAUCGCACUCAAGCGCCGCCGGACAGAGGCUCAGAAGGAUGCUGCGACCGAGUAUGCUCAGAUUCUGGCGAAGCGCGUUGCUGAGGCAAAGGCCACCACAGCGGAGGCCAAGAAGCGGAGGGCGUCGUCAAUGAGGAAGUAG